AACCGAUAAAUAUUUAUUUUAAACAUGAAAUUAUUUAAAUUAUUUUCGGGUUUUAUUUUUGCAUUUCUCACCGUAUCCGCAGUAACCGUCGCACAAGUUCCAUUAUACACCUUUCCCGCGGAUGAUGGUUCUAAAAAUUAUUAUGUUACAAGUGAAAAUGGUGUAAAUAUUUUUGUAGAAGAAAAAGGUGAUCCAAAAAAUCCCACAAUUAUAUUUUCAAGUGGAUUUUUAACAUCAAGAAUAAGUUGGGAUCCACAGUGGUUUGACCCUGAAAUUUGUGAAAAAUUUCAUCUUGUAAGAUAUGAUUAUCGUGGUAUGGGUAAUAGUGAUAAACCAAACAUGAAUUUAUACUCGACUGAUUUAAAUGAUGACAUUUUUACUAGAUAUAUGAGUAAUAUUGAUAAUAGUAACUCAUACUCACUUGAUUUACAUGCUACUGACCUUUUCGCUUUGAUUAGUAAACUUUCUUCUGAAUAUGAUUUUAAAGAAAAAAAAAUUGUAUUAGUUGGAUGGUCAAUUGGAGUGCCUAUUUCUUUAAGUUUUAUGAAAAAUUAUCCAGAUAUAAUGAUUCAUGGUCUCAUGUCAAUUAGUGGUUUCGUUAAUAAUACACGUAAAGCAGCUGAUAAUGAUAAAAUAGCACUUUUUUUUCAAGACUUGAUUGAUCCUCAAGAUGAUUGGUUUAAAGUUGUUUCUGGAAUGGAUGGAAUUUUUAGUUUAAAUAGUUAUAAACCAUUUAGUGAUGAAUUAAAACUUUUAUUUUUGGGUAGUGCUGCUGUGGCUCCUUUAGAAUAUCGUCUAUCAGUUAUUACUCCAUUUAGUUUAGCGGAAUUUUAUAGUACUAUAUCUAUACCUACCUUACACAUAAUUGGUGAAAAUGAUAUAAUAGUUGAUAUGGAACAUAGUCUAUAUUUUGCUUCUUUGGGUCAAAAUGUUGAAACUAUUUUUUAUAAAGAAGUUGGUCAUUGUCCAUUAUGGGAAAAUAUUAAAGAUCUUAACAAAGAUAUUAUAAAUUUUGUUAGUAAAAUUUAAUAUGUAUGGUAU